CAUACUAUCGAAAGACGAGAGAAUCUUCUACCCGAUUCAAAUACCAUGACGAUACUCCGGUAAAUGCCCCAUCCUCUCUCGACCGGGGAUGUCGACACCAUCAUCGGGCACCCUCCCGCCCAAAGGUAGCCCGGUUCCGACCAGUUUAAAGGCGCCAGCAACAUCAAGCACCAAUCCCGAAUCAGUCACAUCAUCCACUGUAAAUAAGGCUUCUAGUUCACCUGCCGUGACUCCACCGCCCUCGGCUCCUCGUCGAUCCACUCGUCCCAUAUCGUCCGACUUUCUCUCCGACAAGGCCACCGCUGCCUUUAUACGCCGAGUAUUGUGCGCCCAACAUUUGGCUGAUAGGGGAAGGAGCACGCCUGCUCCGAUUCAGGAUCUGUUGCCGCCUCUGACUAGUCGCAACGAUGUGGAUCUCCAGCUAUAUGCUCUCAUAGCGAUCAUCAUCAAGGAAUUUGUCCAGAAUUGGUAUGCUAGGAUUACGCCAGAUGAGACCUUCGUCUCCGAGAUUGUACACAUCAUUGCACAUUGCACUCGGGCGUUAGAGGAAAGGUUGCGGAAUGUAGACCUUGAGAGUUUAUUGUUUGAUGAACUCCCAGAGUUGCUAGAUGCGCAUAUCCGAGCGUACCGAGUUGCGAAGAGCUCCGUGGCCCGUCCACCGGUUGAAGCCAAUCCGCGCGAGAUCUAUCACUCGCUUUGGCCUCUGCCUGCUCUGUCCCCUGUUCCUAAAUCAGAAUCUGGCAGUGCCCAGGUCCAGGCAAGCAACGAAAGCGAAUACCGGCAGCUUUUAGUUCGGGGUGUUCUCGCACUUCUACUUCCGACUGAGGAUCUCGAGAAUGAGUGCUUAACAGCUUUGGUUGGGCAGAUAUUCUCGGAACUCGUUAUUGGCAAUCUAAUUGUCAAUAAACUCUCGGAGCCAUGGCUCAUAUUGGAAAGUCUGAUUAUGCUAACGAGAUUAGUACGCGCAAAAGGCGCCAUGAAGGCUUCUGAAACUAGAGACAUCACGCCGAGCAUCAAUCUAAAAGCGGGCUCCGGCAUAGUUCCGCCAACUACGAACAAGACUAGCUUGCAUAUUCAGGAAGCAUUCUGGUCCGUAAUCCAAUGGGGUUUCGUUAUAGUAAACUCGAUACGAUUAAUGAUCAACACGUUAAUGCUUUCCCGAGCACUCCCUCCAAGAUCCACUCCUAGUUUCGCCCGCCUCGCAAAGCCAACUUUUGACGAGGACGAAGCAGAAUCAUACCACCCUCCGGCGGUCUCGGAGACCCAUUCGCAGCCAGUCAAGAUCCCCAUUGCGGACUUCAAAAUAUGGUCUUGCGCCGGCAACCUUCUCGAAAUAGACGCUCGCAUGCCCUGGAUGAGCGGAGCCUUCUCCAUGAUACAAUGGGGAGCUCUUAGAGGCCCUGGAAAUUUGGCAGGGUUUGACGGGAUGAUCGAUAGACUUUUUUCACAUCAUAUCCACGCCUAUAUUCUCGAUCCUGCCCGUCUUCCCCCGCUCCUUCGAGCCGUGCGCGGCGCCAUAUUCCCCAAUAACGCCCCAGGAGUAUCUAGCUUGAUCCCUCCCUCAUCUGACGAACAGCUGGCCGCCCUGCGUCGCAGAUGCGCUAGCGCGCUUUUGGCGCUUGUUCCGAAGGGGGUGGGCAGGCUUUAUUACGGUAGCAGUACCUGGCUAUUUUCUACUAGAUCGACUAACACUCAGAAGAGUCCGAGCUCGCGGUCCGGACCGUUUAAAGUCAAAGGUAAUAACACAGCACAUAAUACCAAUAACACUGGAGAGGAAGUUGCACGCGUGCGGCUUACCGAUGAGGGCAAAUCUGUUAGAGACAACCAUGCAACGUUGACCCCAGAAGGUUCAAAGCGGGAAUUUGGAGACACCGGUGUGCGGCCGACCGAGGCUGGUGGCGACAAUCGGGCUGACAUGUGUGACAAGGGCGAUGACGAGGAGGAGAGCAGAAUCUUAUCGGAGAUCGAGACCGGCAUCCUCGAUGUCUUCUCGGAUGCCUAUUGUAACAAGCAUCUAGUGUACGGCAUUCUAGAGCUCGUCCUUGUGCGCCUUAUGCCCGAACUAGCCGAGAAGGGGGUGAUCGAAUUAUGGGAAGAGCGUUUAAGUUAAGGGAGGGGGGCCGGACAGUCGGUUUGUCUCGUAAACGAAAUAAGUAAUGUAAUAAUGAUUGAUACCCAACCAACCAACCGGCCUACCGUUAGAACGGACAACACGACACGACACGACAUUAAGAGAAACAAGUAAAAAGGAAAUUCU